AUGCCGCUACGAAGGGUGGGCGGGGGUGUGGCUGCUGGAGCCCAGGGGCCCGUUAGCAUGGCCAUGCGCUACUACCGCCUAUGGAUAUACACGUGCAACACAGCGCUGCUGGCCGGGGCGCUCGCCUUCACCGGGGCGGCCGCCCGCACCCUGCUCUUCGACUUCCGCAGAAGCCUGAUACCCUCGCUCGCGCUCUACCAGCCCUCCUUUCUCUAUGCCUACUUGGCGCUGAUGACGCAAGGCGGCGCUCUGCAGCUGCUAGGCUGCAUGGCGGCGGUGAAGCUGAGCGAGAAGCUACUCAACGCCUAUUGGCUCUUGCUGUUGGUGCUGCUGUUCGGCGAUAUCGUGCUGGGCGCGUUUUGGGCCUUCAGAUUCGAACGUAUUUGCCAGGAGUUGAAACCUGCUCUACGAAUACGGUUUCAACAAGAUUAUGGGCAACACACCGAGAUUACGGCCUUGUGGGAUAGGCUGCAAAGUGAGGACAAGUGCUGCGGUGUCAAUACCUCUAGAGAGUUAGUCGUAACGGGAAACAACACUGUACGAUGGGAGAUUCCGGACAGUUGCUGCAUAGAUCCUCCGAACAUGAACAGCACUAGAUGCGAAAACUUCUACACUACAGGAUGCGACGAGAUUCUACUAGCGUAUUUAAGAAAAACCGCCUCUAUCCUAGCGAUACUCGGCUACUGCGUGCUAGCCUUUCUAAAAAUGUGCUUCCUCGGCAUUCUAAGGUACGAAAUCCGCGAGAUGAUCCAAAAAAUACGCAUCCUGAAAGCGGAGCUAGAUCUACCGAACGCGAACGGCGCGGUCCCUGGCACUCUCAGAGCGGAGAGCGCAGAAAGCGAAAGGGAAUCCCUGUUGAUUCGCCCCGAGAGCACGGCACUGCUUUCGUCGCCGCCGGCUCAAACGAAGAACCCGAACGGCAACAACAACUACGAGAUGCGGGAGUACCGCAGCCACGACAACAUAUGACUAAAGUAUCGCCUCGAGGGCCUUUUCAACCGCGGCCGGUGGGGUCGCGUGAAGAAGGGCCCUCUGGCUACGCCCCUGGAGGAGAUCUUCAAGAGGAAACCGCGCGCGAAGGUACGCGACGACCCCUGCUGAGAGUGGGAGCUUGCCGCGACCGCGGAGACGAUGGUGUAAAGUGAUUUGAGCUCGCCGGCAUAUACAUAAACUUUACUAGAGUAAUUCAUUUUAGCUUCCUAGAUGCAGUCGACAAGUAUACGAUCUCUUUGAAAUUGAGAUGUUUCGAUUAUAUAUCUAUUUUCUUAAUUGAUUAAGGGCCGGUUUAUCAAUCGUUGUUUAAGUUUCAGUUAGUCUAUCUGACAGUUAAAGUCUAUAUCGAUCGUUAAGAGAUGGAGAUUAUCUGCCAGAUAACUAAAUGCAAUUUUAAAUGCACAUUGAUAAACCGGCCCUAAACUGACAUUCAAAGGGGCUAUACCAAUAUUUUACCGCAAUGAAUCGCCAAGUCACAAUAUCGGUUCUAUAGGAUAAUGAUAAUUAUGUGAAGUGUAUAUAUAAAAAACGUUUCAACAUGUGAUAGACAUUGCAAUUUGAGUUAUUGUGGCCUGACGAUUUUAUUUAAAGCUAACGCGGCAGUUAUGACUCUUUGGCCAAAAUUAUGGUUUAACCAAAUUUAAAUCAUCUUGAUUUACAAAAUUUGAUUGAUUUGUCUUGCCGCAUAUAGUGAAUGAGCCUUAUUAUAGUAUGAUACUGUCCAGAAACUUCUGUCAAACAAACCACAAAUUUCUAAGAAAGCUAGAGUUAUUUUCUGUCACCAUAAUAUACAGGAUGUUUCACAUUCGUGGUCCAUUAAAAGAUUCUGCGGAACGGCAAAAGAUAUCGAUAUCGAAAUUUUUUAAGCAUUUAUAACACGGUUCAACCCAAAUUUUCCUGCCAUGAAAAUUUUUAACAGAUUUAAAAAAUAAUGGUUAAAAAAACGUACCCGUAUUUCACCGUUUCACGAAAUCACGUCAUUUAAAUUUUUUACACAGCCAUUCUUAUUAUUUUAACCUAAACAGAUAUUUAAUUCUCUAUUUUGUUUAAAUUAUUUUUUUUCUUCAAUUUUUUAUGUUUUUACAUAAUACAAAAAUAUACUUAAAGAAA